UUCCGAGGCGGGGGCGCCACUGCUGCCUCGGCUAAGGCUUUCCACUCCCGUCAGCCAACGGCCGGGCGAAGCGCAGCAGCCACACGAAGCAGAGCAGUCUCCCUCCUCUUUGUGCUGAAGAGACACGACCGAGGCUCGCCGGAGCUGGAUUGAAGCCAUCGGCACCGGGGCGCUUUCCAGCCUUUGCAGCCUGACCGGCGGGGCCAGGCGCUAGUUGAGGGAGUCUCUUGCCACUGGCUUCUCCACAGCUUUUAAACAGACGCCGAGAAGCAAGGGGGAAGCGGAAGAAGAAACGCAACCAUCGCCGAGCUGCUGCUGAGGACGAGGGGAAGAAGGAGGGGACGGCGGCAGUCUCGCGUCUCUCGACCCGGCGGCGAGCCUGAUGGCUGAGUUUGGUAGCCGGGGAAGUGGCGUCGGCAGCGGGGGGAUCACCUCCUCUUCGAGUCCCGCGCGCGGCAAGGUGGCAUUCAAAGCAGGAGAUGGCGAGGGGGGAGGCGGCGGCAUGAGAAACCAUUCGGACGGCGCGGGCAUAAGGGUUUCCAAUGGGGACUGCGCCCUGGUAGGAACCAGGGAGGACAUCGGGUCAGCCCAGCCUGGCAGCCCUGCUCUGGAAAGAGGAUAUUCCACCCUGCAACCGGAAGGCAAAGGCGGCAUCCCCAGGAAAACCAGUAUCAUCAAGGAUGGUACAAAGCAAAAAAGAGAACGGAAGAAGACGGUGUCAUUCAGCAGCAUGCCAACUGAGAAGAAGAUCAGCAGUGCAAGUGACUGUAUUAAUGCCAUGGUUGAAGGCUCAGAACUCAAAAAGGUUCGAUCCAACUCCAGAAUAUACCACCGAUACUUCCUUUUAGAUGCAGAUAUGCAGUCCCUACGGUGGGAACCUUCUAAGAAGGAUUCUGAAAAAGCAAAGAUUGAUGUUAAAUCAGUCAAAGAAGUGAGAACGGGGAAGAAUACAGACAUUUUUCGUAGCAAUGGAAUUUAUGACCAGAUUUCAGAAGACUGUGCGUUUUCUGUUAUCUAUGGGGAUAAUUAUGAGUCUUUAGAUCUUGUUGCAAAUUCUGCGGAUGUUGCAAAUAUUUGGGUUACUGGGCUAAGAUACCUGAUAUCUUAUGGAAAACAUACACUUGAUAUGCUAGAAAGUAGCCAAGAUAAAAUGCGGACUUCAUGGGUUUCACAAAUGUUUAGUGAAACAGAUGUAGAUAAUUUGGGCCGUAUAUCCUUGUGUAGGGCUGUGCAAUUUAUCAAAAGCCUAAACCCUGGCUUAAAAACAAGUAAAAUUGAACUGAAAUUCAAAGAGUUACACAGAUCAAAAGACAAACCUGGUACUGAAGUCACAAAGGAGGAGUUUGUUGAAGUUUUUCAUGAGCUUUGCACUCGCCCUGAGAUCUAUUUCUUGUUAGUUCAGUUUUCUAGCAAUAAAGAAUUCCUUGACACCAAGGACCUUAUGAUGUUUUUAGAAGCGGAACAGGGUAUGGCACAUGUCACAGAAGAAAUAAGCCUAGAAAUCAUUCACAAGUAUGAGCCUUCUAGAGAGGGCCAGGACAAGGGAUGGCUUUCCAUAGAUGGUUUUACAAAUUACCUUACUUCAGCAGAAUGUCAUAUAUUUGAUCCAGAGCAUAAAAAGGUGUGCCAAGACAUGAAACAACCUCUAUCUCAUUAUUUCAUAAACUCAUCUCAUAACACAUACUUGAUAGAGGAUCAGUUCCGAGGUCCAUCUGAUAUCACAGGAUAUAUUCGUGCUCUUAAAAUGGGGUGCCGAAGUGUUGAGUUGGAUGUUUGGGAUGGUCCUGAUAAUGAACCUGUAAUUUACACAGGUCAUACAAUGACCUCGCAGAUAGUCUUCCGCAGCGUAAUUGACAUUAUUAACAAAUAUGCAUUUUUUGCUUCGGACUAUCCUCUUAUGCUGUGUUUAGAAAAUCAUUGCUCUCUCAAGCAACAGAAAGUGAUGGUUCAGCAUAUGAAGAAAAUAUUGGGAGACAAGCUGUAUACACAGCCUCCAAAUGCAGAAGAAUCCUAUCUGCCUUCUCCUGAAUCCCUCAAAGGGAAAGUACUAUUAAAAGCCAAGAAGCUUUCUCCUAAUUGCUCAGGGCUAGAGGGAGAUGUUACUGAUGAAGAUGAAGGAGCAGAAAUGUCCCAGAGAGUGGGUAAGGAGGGUGUGGAGCAGCAGAAUGUUGUGCCAGCAAAAAGGUUCCAGCUCUGUAAAGAGCUUUCAGAACUCGUAUCCAUAUGCAAGUCAAUUCAAUUCAAAGAUUUCCAGGUUUCAUUUCAGCUUCAAAAAUACUGGGAAAUUUGCUCCUUUAAUGAAGUGCUUGCUACCAGAUAUGCCAAUGAAAAUGCUGGAGACUUUGUGAAUUACAACAAACGUUUUCUUGCCAGAGUUUUCCCUAGUCCCAUGAGGAUUGAUUCAAGUAAUAUGAAUCCACAGGAUUUUUGGAAAUGUGGUUGCCAGAUAGUGGCAAUGAACUUUCAGACACCUGGAUUAAUGAUGGACCUCAACAUUGGUUGGUUUCGACAAAAUGGCAAUUGUGGUUAUGUACUGCGGCCUGCAAUCAUGCGGGAAGAAGUUUCUUUCUUUAGUGCAAAUACAAAAGACACUGUACCUGGGGUUUCACCACAGCUUCUUCAUGUUAAGAUCAUUAGUGGGCAGAACUUUCCAAAACCAAAAGGAUCAGGUGCCAAAGGUGAUGUUGUAGAUCCUUACGUCUAUGUAGAAAUCCAUGGGAUCCCAGCAGAUUGUGCAGAGCAAAGGACAAAAACUGUGCAUCAAAAUGGGGACAAUCCAAUAUUUGAUGAAAGUUUUGAAUUUCAGAUUAAUCUACCUGAACUUGCUAUGGUGCGGUUUGUAGUACUAGAUGAUGAUUAUAUUGGGGAUGAAUUUAUUGGGCAGUACACAAUUCCCUUUGAGUGUUUACAGACAGGUUAUCGGCAUGUUCCACUUCAGUCUUUAACAGGAGAAGCUCUAGCACAUGCAUUUUUAUUUGUACAUGUGGCAAUUACUAAUCGGAGGGGUGGUGGGAAGCCUCAUAAACGGGGUCUUUCUGUCAGGAAAAGCAAGAAAUCCAGAGAGUAUGCCUGUAUGAGGACUUUGUGGAUUAAAACUAUUGAUGAAGUAUUCAAGAAUGCUCUCCAACCCAUACGGGAUGCCACGGAUUUGAGGGAAAACAUGCAGAAUGCAGUAGUUUCAUUCAAAGAGCUAUGUGGCCUCUCUCCUGUAGCAAAUCUCAUGCAAUGCAUAUUAGCAGUAUCGACCCGCUUGGUGAGAUCUGAUAAUACACCUUUAGUGGUAAUGAAUCUCAGUGAUCAGUAUCCCACAAUGGAAUUGCAAGCGAUUGUCCCAGAGGUUUUGAAAAAAAUUGUAACAGCAUAUGAAACGAUGAUUAAUACUAUCAAGACUCUGAUAGAAAAUGCAGAAAAUGUAUAUGAAAAAAUAGUGCAGUGCCAAAAAGCAGCAAUGGAGUUCCAUGAAAACUUGCAAAAUAUAGGUGCAAAGGAAGGUUUAAAGGAGAGAAAACUACAGAAAGCUGUGGAGAAUUUUACCUGGAAUAUUACAAUUUUAAAGGGCCAGUCUGAUCUUCUGAAAUAUGCUAAAAAUGAAGCACAGGAGAAUCUAAAACAAAUCCAUUAUGCCACUGUCUCGUGUGGAUUGAAUAAGCCAGGAUCUGAAAAUGCUGAGGUUUCCAAGCCCCGUCGAAGCCUGGAAGCCAUACCUGAAAAGGCAGGUGAAGAAAAUGGAGAAUGAACAUUCUUAUCAAUAUAGAGUUUAUAACUCUACAACCAUUGUAGCUGCACAGGACAUUUUGCUUUGCACUUACUAUGGGGGUGGGUGGGUAGCAGGGGGAAAUCCUGGAAUUUUAAAAAGCACAACUGGAGAAGCUAAUUACAAUCCAUGAAAACUGUGAAUGUACGUAGGAAUUCUAUGUGCAAGGACAAUGGAAUUAUUUUAACAUGGAAAUACUAUUGCUGGCUUAAACACUCUUGUCUAUGUGAAAGAUACCACAUUACCUUGUGCAAAACCUCAUUGUUGUUCCAUAGAAAAAAAUAGUUUUCCUGAAUGGAAAUACAAUAUAAGGGCAAGGAAAGGAGAUUUUUGUUUGUGCUCAGAAAAGUGCCUUGAUUUUGGGGGGAAAAUUAGGUGUGCAGAGCAAUUGCCUUGAUUUUUGAAGGAAGAAGACUGUGCAGUUCUCUGUGGUAAUUAGAUGUGUCAUUGCACACCUAACUUUUAAAAAGAAAUCAGGGCUAAGCAUUUGGGCAACUGCACACUUUUUUUUUUUUUGCAAAAUUGUGCAAUUUUAGGAUACUUGGCAGUGUUUUGAUUUGAAAGUGCUACUGUUGUUCUGGGGUUUCUUUUCCUUUCUUCUUUUUUUGUUCUUGUUGUUGAGCCAUAAAUAAAAAGGGAAAUGUAAAUAGAAAGUGCUUAUUUGCAGCACAGUGCACUGUUGAAGAGCCACUGCAUAAAAGGAAAAUGUAUAACCAGCCUGUGUCAUCAAAUGCCUGAGUUAGGCACAUACCUGUUCCCACCUAAGAACAUCUGCAGAUGUCUGUAGCUAAUGUAAAAGUGACCAAACUGCAAGCAAAAUGUUGUAAAUAGUUUUAUCAUUUUGUGGAAGUAAAGAAAUGUUCACAUUAAAAUGUUUUAUGAUACUAA